AUGUCUUUCCUCUACCAAACAACUCCCGUGCUUCGCACCGCGGUCCGAUCAUCUGCUGUGCGCUCAUCACCUCGCCUCUUCUCUACCACAGUCCUUCAGAAGAAGUCCGCUACCGACACUGUCAAGGACGGUCUCAAGACGGUCGACCGUGCAGUUUCAGACGUUGCAGUUGCUGGGAUCGACAAAGGAGUCGAGCUGAAAGAUAAAGCCGCCGAAGUCAUCGGAAUCGAGGGCAAGAAGGCUGAAGGCACUGCCUCUCAAGUUGCUGGCGAAGCCAAAGGAAAAGCAGCUGAAGUAAAAGGUCAGGCAAAGGGCAAGGCAGAGGAAAUCAAGGGGAAGAUGUCGUGA